GUCUACGAAUCGACAUCACUUUUGUUUUCUUAUAUAACCUUUAACAUAAACUGCACGCGGCAACUUCGUUUUUCAUUGCUUUCAAGUGAAUUAAAAGCGUGUAAAAUAUAGGCAGGACGUUGAUUGGUUGAAUUGAAUGUGAUAGUAUUUAAGUUGCUGGAAAAAGAUCCAUCACCAUGCUGAAGACGGUCGCAUUGGCCGCACGUUUCGUGAAGCAGAGUGUGGCGAAGACAAACGGGUUAUCCCGUUCGAUUGCGACGACCGCACGCUGCAGCUACAUUGAUGACCAAGGGGCAAAAGGGGCAAAUGUUGCCCCCAAUCAGGAGCUACAGCUGACGUAUCUCACCGAGGAGGACAAACAGGGCAUCGCGGUGCUCGGAUUGAACCGCCCGAAGGCACGCAAUUCUUUCAGCAAAUCGUUGGUCAACCAGCUGCUGGACGCCAUCGAGGUGCUGGCACACGACAAAAACGUACGUGUGGUGAUCGUUCGCAGUCUCGUGCCGGGCAUUUUCUGUGCCGGGGCGGAUCUGAAGGAGCGGGCCACCUUCACGCAGCAGGAAGUGAGCCGGUUCGUGUCGAAGCUGCGCCAGAUGAUGGUGAACAUCGAGCAGAUGCCCACCCCGGUCGUGGCUGCGAUCGACGGAGCGGCCCUAGGGGGAGGGUUGGAGAUGGCAUUGGCGUGCGACAUGCGCGUUGUGGCCACCAACGCCAAGCUGGGGCUGGUGGAGACCAAGCUAGGAAUUAUCCCCGGUGCCGGUGGAACGCAGCGUCUGCCACGCAUUCUCAACCCGGCCGUUGCGAAGGAGCUCAUCUUCACGGCCCGCCAGUUCAGUGGCGAAGAGGCAAAGGGACUCGGUAUCGUGAAUCAUGCCGUUCAACCGAACGAAACGGGCGAUGCAGCGUACCAACGAGCGCUCCAACUCGCCAUGGAAAUCGUCCCCAACGGCCCGGUCGGGGUGCGGAUGGCAAAGAAAGCGAUCGAUAAGGGACUGCAGGUCGACAUCGGCACGGGGUACGCUAUCGAGGAGGCGUGCUAUGCGCAAGUGAUUCCCACCAAGGACCGUCUCGAGGGAUUGCGUGCCUUUGCCGAGAAGCGGAAACCCAAUUUUAUUGGGGAGUAACGCACACGAGCUCAAACUACAAAGGAAAUCUGACGUAAACGAACUGCAAACAGUAGGGUAUGAC